GUUGCACAUGGUAUCCGAUUGCUUUUUUAAUAUUCUGAUUGCUCGCUCACUCGCUCGCUCACUUGCAGGCGGAGGGGGCGGUGCAGUCGUGACCUCAGCCACUGCGCUUCUCUGCUUCCUUCAUUCCCACUGCUGAUACUCCACGUUCUCCUCCAGUGGACGCCGCCGUUGCUGUUGCUCUACGUUCAAGUUGCAGAAUCAUGCAGGGCAGUGAGUUAGGAGCGUCGGCGGCCGCCAAAGGUGCGGAAGCAAUUGAGCAUGGGAAGGUCAGCGAUACACUAGAGAAUGAAUCAAAUGGUACGGAAGCGAGCAGUAAUCAUGCUGCUCAGGGAACUGCCUCUGUCAAAAGUCAGCUAGGAAAGCAACUGAGCAAUGACGAGUUUGUGGAUGCUCCCAUUGAUAUAGAGUCGCCGGCGACGGGUGUUGAAUCUUUUAAAGAUUGUGAGGUUGUGCUUUCCAAGGCGGUAAGUCAACAAGAACAAAGAAGCAAGGCAGAGUGUGUGAAUGAACCCCCAGCUUCAGAAACCAGUGCCGCUGAAGCGUCACAAGCUGACAAUCCAAUUCUCUCUGAGAUAUCUGAAUCUGCGAAGGAUGUUUACGAGGCAACAGCAGCCCCUGUCAUUGCCACUGAAGGUGAUUCUAAAGUUCAUGAGUCAUCACAGGGUAAAUCGGAUCAAAAAACAGCUGUUAAGUCUAAUCAAGACGUAGCUAUUCCGAAGGACUUGACAGAACAAAGUCUGCCGGCAUCUUGCGUUGCUCCUCAAAAUGGUUCGUAUGACGCUGUUUCAAAGAGUAAAGAUGAAGCUAAGCCUCCAACUGUAGUCGAGGAUAAUCACGAUGUCGUGGGCACUCCAGUCACAGAGGAGGUCUCCGAAGCCGUUGUUGAUAAGAAAGGGGCUGGAAACGCGGAUGAACUAAAAAUUCUUGAAGAGAUGAGAGCCAAAAUUGCUGAGAUGGAUCCAGAAUCAAAGGAUACGGACGAGGCCACGCUAAGGCGUUUUUUGAGGGCUCGAGCUUGGAAACUCUCCAAGGCAGUCAAAAUGUUCGUGGAUCAUCAAACUUGGCGGCGUUCUUUUGUGCCUCUCGGUUAUAUUCCUAAAGAAGAGAUUAAGAACGAGCUAGAUGCUGAGAAAGUCUUUCUACAAGGGCACGACAAGAAAGGUCGGCCUAUUGUUGUCAUCAUGGCAGCCAAGCACGAUGCUAACAAACGCAAGUUUGAUGAAUUUAAACGUUAUUGUGUGUUCAAUUUUGACACAACAGUGGCCUGCUUGAAGCCUGGGGAGGAGACGUUUACAGUCAUUUUGGACCUGAAGGGUUUGGGUUACAAAAAUGUGGACGUUCGAGGGUGGAUAUCUACAUUUGAAUUUCUGCAGGCAUACUACCCAGAGAGAUUAGGUAUGCUCUUUAUCAUCCAUGUGCCGAAGGUAUUCUGGGGAGGAUGGAAGCUCGUGUAUCCUUUCAUCGACAAAGUCACAAGGGAAAAGAUUGUUUUUGUGGAAGACAAGCUUAUUGAAGAGAAGUUAAGAGAAGAGAUUGAGAAUGACCAGAUCCCAGAUAUCUACGGUGGGGGAGUGGCCCUGGUGCCAAUUCAAAAUGUAGCUCUUGUCAACCAGCCUCCGAGAGUAGCAAGCUCUGUAUAAUUGUAUUGAAAAUCAUCUAUUUAAGUUUGUAGAGUGGAAUAUUCUCAGUUAUUUCUACGCCUUGUUUCUCAUCACCUGCAAGUUAUUCCUGUUGUAACGAUGGUAUAUUGUAGAAGAGAUUCUUCAAUCAGCAAUUCUAAGAAUUGACUGGGACCUUGUUUCAAUACUGUUAGUUUUUAACUGACUACAAUACCGUCAGUUUUACAGCCAGUUCAAAAUCAAAUAUUGUAUUUAUUGAUAACUCAUGUCGAAUUUAGAUGUCAUGGAGUCGUUUUGUUACAA